AUGAGUAUGGAAAACAUAAGCGUCCAAAGUUUGGAUCCUUCUGAGUCCCCUAAUUCGGCUUCUCCUGAUCCCGUUGCUUCCCAGCAAGCAGGAGCCAGUAAGCGGCGUCAUCGCAAAGAUGAAUACUCUAAGAUGGCUGCAGACCUAGUCAACGAAGAGAACGAACAGCGCAAGAGAGAGACGGAAAAACAGGCACUGGAAAGAUAUCAGAUGAUUGACAAGAUUGGGGAAGGAGCAUUCUCUACCGUCUACAAAGCAUUGGAUGUGCAGACUAACGAGCCUGUCGCAGUGAAGGUCAUAAAAAAGUAUCAACUGGAUAAAAGCCAGCAAGCGUCAGUCCUGAAGGAAGUCACAAUUAUGAGGCAACUGGAUCACCCAUGCAUUGUGAGGUUCUAUAACUUCAUUGAAACAGAAGAGUUCUAUUUCAUUGUACAGGAACUUGUGUCGGGUGGCGAAAUUUUUAACGAGAUCGUUAAAUACACAUACUUUAGUGAAGACCUCUCCAGACAUGUGAUCACUCAGGUUGCACAAGCCAUCAAGUAUCUCCAUGCGGAAAAGGGAGUUGUUCACCGUGAUUUAAAGCCAGAAAAUAUUUUUUUCAACCCUAUCAAGCAUAUUCCCUCAAAGUCUCCUAGAUUGCGGAAGAGCGAUGAUCCGAAUUCUAAACUAGACGAAGGUGAAUUCGUUCCCAAUGUUGGCGGCGGUGGAAUUGGAUCGAUCAAGAUCGGUGAUUUUGGCUUGUCGAAACAGAUAUAUGCGGAUGCCUCUCUGAAAACGCCUUGUGGAACUAUUGGGUAUACCGCUCCAGAAAUUGUGAAAGACAUGAGAUACUCUGAGGAAGUUGACAUGUGGGCUUUAGGAUGCGUUCUUUACAUUCUGCUAUGUGGUUUUCCACCAUUCUUCAACGAUCAAAUUGAUGUUUUGACUAAAAAAGUUGCCAAAGGAGAGUUCGAAUUUCUAUCCCCUUGGUGGGACGAAAUAAGCGACGGGGCCAAGAACUGUGUUUCAAAAUUGCUUACGGUUGACCCACGAGAAAGAUAUACCAUUGACGAUUUCUUAAAUGACCCGUGGAUUUCAGAGUUUUCAAAUAGAUGUCGUCAAGCUCAGCUUUUCCAAGCACAGCAGCACCAACUUUUGCACCAGAAGAAUUCGAUAUCUUCGGAUUUGAACUACAGCAUUCAGAGCGCAUCUAUUGGAUCAGACUCUUCUCAGGAGCCAAUGGUCUACGCUCCACUGCCAGCUACUGCCAGUUCAGGAGCCAUUCCAUCUCACCUGUCAAAACAAAACCCUACCUUGUACUCGCCUGCGGCCAUUGCUAUGAGGGAGGCGUUUGAUAUCUCGGCUGCAGUUCAUAGAAUGGGAGAAGAGGCAGCCAUGAAGAAGUAUUUGAGGCAGCAUAAGAAUGGAAGAUCCAAACUGGGAGCUCUUGCGGAAGACGACGAAAUGGUUGAGCCCGAUCCAAAUGAGAUACAUCCGGAAGUGAGGAAAGCAAACCUCAAAUUUGAAAAGGAGUCGUCCAGAGGCGCUGUUAUUGAUGACAACUCUAUUUUUGCAUCAAACAACGAGCUGAGCUCGAGUGGGGAUGGAUUUUCGGACGUGGAUUCAUCAUCCAAACCGUUUGAACUGAACCUCAACACGGCCACCAUUUUAUCGAGAAGAAAGAAAAAGGCGCUGGUGGCUUACACGUGA